GUGGGCGGGCCUCCUCGGCUUCCCCUAGAUUGGCUGGGAAAACUCACCAAUGGGGAGCUCUGGGAGGCGGACCUAGAACGCCACCAGCUUGAGGAAGACAAGCAAAUUUCAAGUUGGCCGCGGCGUGUUUUCCGCCUGGGGGAGGGGCAGCAGGUUUUUCCCAUUGGAUGUCUGAAUCCCCAGGCCCCCUCCAUCAUGGCCAGCCGGGGUGGGGGCCGGGGUUGUGGCCGGGGCCAGUUGACCUUCAACGUGGAGGCUGUGGGCAUUGGGAAGGGGGAUGCUUUGCCCCCACCCACCCUGCAGCCUUCUCCACUCUUCCCUCCCUUGGAGUUCCGCCCAGUGCCUCUGCCCUCUGGAGAGGAAGGGGAAUAUGUCCUGGCCCUGAAGCAGGAGCUUCGAGGGGCCAUGCGGCAGCUCCCCUACUUCAUCCGGCCUGCUGUCCCCAAGAGAGAUGUGGAGCGUUACUCAGACAAAUAUCAGAUGUCAGGGCCGAUUGACAAUGCCAUCGAUUGGAACCCUGAUUGGCGACGUCUGCCCCGGGAGCUAAAGAUCCGCGUACGGAAGCUACAGAAGGAACGGACCACCAUUAUACUCCCCAAGAGACCCCUUAAGACCACAGAAGAUAAGGAGGAAACAAUACAGAAACUAGAGACUUUGGAGAAGAAGGAGGAAGAAGUGACUUCAGAGGAAGAUGAGGAGAAAGAAGAAGAAGAAGAGAAGGAAGAGGAAGAAGAAGAGGAGUAUGAUGAAGAAGAACAUGAAGAGGAAACUGAUUACAUCAUGUCAUAUUUUGACAAUGGGGAGGACUUUGGGGGUGACAGUGAUGACAAUAUGGAUGAGGCUAUAUACUGAAGAUGGACUCUAAACAAUACCCUGGCCCUUCAUAUCUUUCUUGAUUUAGGACAGAGAAUAACUGUCCCCUAUUAUUUCAUUUUGUGGACAAGCAAAUCCUUUGCUUAGAAUCCAGCUAACCUGUUUGGUCCCUGGAGACAGAAAUGGAGAGUGACAGUAGAUAGCUCUCUUUUCUGCCCUUACCCUCCCUCUCUCCUGUGGUGUGGUAUCACCUCUGAUAUCUUGGGGAAAAGGGCAAAGGACCAGUGUCUCAGUUGUAUGAAAGGAAAAAAGGAGGGUCAAAACGAGGACUGGAGUUGUUAGAGCUGAGGUAUCUGUAUACGUACUCCUAACUAUUUUUUAUAGUUCUUUCUGGGUGUGAGCGGUUAAGAGGAAUAAGGGCAGUUUUACAGUUUCAAUAAAAUGAUUUUUAUCUGUC